GCUCUCGCACAGCCUGGCAGCGUGAACGAGCAUGCGUUGCGGCGAUUCUCUGUCUUUUCUCCAAACCGGAUAGAACACGCAUAUAUACAGCUGUACAGCGAUAUCGGAGGCCUCUCACUUCGCAAACGUUCCUCGACGCUGCGAACCUCCACUUCCAGUUGAUAUCGCAAACGACAUGGCUACCAUCGACCCAAAAACCUGCCUGCAGGACCCGAACGUGCAGGCCUACCUCAAAAAUGCGACGAGCGCCACAAUCCAGACGGUCAUCGGCACGACCAUCGAGCGGGUGACCUACACGCUGGCUCCGGCGGCCCUGACAUCAGGCGCCAUCGCUCCGAUCGUACUCUACAACCUCUUUAUCUGCAUGCGAAGGCUCAUCUUCAGCCGCCGCAAUCUCCGCUCCCUGAGUCUCCUUCUCGGGUUCCUCGCCAUCGGAUUCAGCAUGGCCGUUCUAUGGCAUGUCCUGCUCACACCGAACUCACGGACGCUGGGUGGCCUCGCCCUUGGAAUGUGCGGCUACGUCGUUGCUCUGUUUUCCCUCUGCACCGCCGGGACGGUCAGAUUCGCCUUGCCACUCGCCAAGAGGGCACGCCAACGGAGCUUGUACUGGGUCUCCGCGUUCAUGACCCUCGGCUUGAGCGCCGCCACGCUCGCUGUCGGAUUUAUGGAUCUGAACACACACACGGGGGACGCGGCUUCGUUCCAGUUCUCCCUGGUGUUCAGUUACUUGAACUUGGGACUUCCCGCCUGGUACGGUCUCUGCUCCAUUGUGUGCUUCUCUUAUCAGCUCUACAAAACCCGCCAAUCCAUCGGAAGCCUGAAGAAGCUGAAAUCCUUAGAAAUCGCGAACCACUUGCUUGUGGUCCUCAACAUCGUCCUCAUCGCCUCCUACAUCGGUAUAUCCCAUUCACACACUUCCAGCGAAUCAUUUUCGUUCAUUCGACUCACCCAUGCCUUUUCCUUUCCCCUCGUAGCCCUCGUCCCCUUCGUGAAGCGCGACCAACGUUUCGACUCUCCCCUUGCCAUCCUCUUCGGCUCCCUCUUCCUCGCCAUCGAAAACAACUUCGAAGUCGUCUCCGACGUCGUUCAGCAAACCGCGACCUCCAUCGAAGCCAACAGCUAUGCCCUCGGUAGCGUCAAGAACUCUGGCAACGGCAAACAGACAUCCUCCCAGGUCCCUGUCAGCAACAAUGGUUAUGGAAACAGCAACAGCCUGUCGGGAGGAUCGGGCAAUGGAAGCGGAAAUGGAAGCGGAAAUGGAGGCAUGUAUGGCACCCAGCCUUACCUUCGUGAUGGAGCGCAACCGGGUUACCGGAGUGAAUACGGGACGUACAGGGGUGAAUCCAAGUACGGAAACUCCAGUCACGGAUUCUAGAUUCGGCGACCGUCUCGUUCGACUCGAUAGUUCACAUCCAUGUAUACCAUCUCGCAUGCCCCACUCCAUUCACGAACUGCACGCUGGUCGUUCAGCCCAUUUCCAUCUGUAGAUUUGCAUCAAUACGCUGGCGUAUCAUAUAGACUUAUCCCGCUUGACCCUCAGAUGGCGUAUACUAGUGUACAGUACUUUCCAUAUGUAUGUCUCGUCAAUAGAACACUUCAAGGCUAUGUUUUUGAAGAACGUCGCCG